CUUCAGGCGAAACAAGAUCGACGAAACGAAAAUCAUUCGAUCAACGACGACGGCUGACACCAUCAAACAAAAUAUACACAUGUCAUGUUAAAAAUAGAAAAUGACAGAUUAUAUAAUUUACGAAGAUAGUGAUGAAGAGUGUGCAGGAGGACAACAAAGUUCUGAAGAUGAGCUUGAUAUCCUUCUGCACGGAACACCCGAGCGAAAAAGGAAACUGACCCGGUCUUUAAGUCGUGGAAGUCUACAAUUAUCAUCAAGUGAAGAUGAAUUUGAAAAAGAAAUGGAAAAGGAAUUGGAUGAAACAAUGAGACAACAUGAAAAACGGCAAUUCAGUAAAUUGAAAUGUGAAGAAGGCUCUACAUCUCAGAAUUCAAAACCAUUAGGACAGUCAACAGAGAAUGCUGCUGAAGAAUGCUAUGAUGAUAUAUAUUUUGAUUCAGAUGAAGAAGAUGCAAAAACAGGCAAAUCAAAACAUAAAGUGCUAACAAAUGAAGAAUUAAUGUACGACCCUGAUAUUGAUGAUGACAAUCAACAAUGGAUAGAUAAACAAAGAAAAAUGUACCAUCCCAAUCAACUACCCUCAGGAAGUGAUCCCAGCUCUGCUGGAUCAAGCAGAACAACCACCAAGGUUUCUAACAAAGCACCGCUCAGCGAUGCCGUACUAAACUGCCCGGCCUGCAUGACUACGUUAUGUUUAGACUGUCAACGUCAUGAAAAGUACCACCAGCAAUUUAGGGCCAUGUUUGUUUUGAACUGUAAGAUCAUCCAUUCAGAAAUUCUUAGGUACAAGCCAAAUGUUAGGAAACAGCAGCGCCAUAGAAAAAAGCGAAAAUCUACUGACGAGGACAAUGUUGCAGAGAGUUCUUCAGAAACAGAGGAAGUGUUUCACCCGGUUCGUUGCAGCAUGUGCAACACAGAAGUUGCCAUGUAUGAUAAAGAGGAAGUUUACCACUUCUUCAAUGUUUUAUCCAGUGUAGCUUAAACUGUCUAAAUCGUGAAUAUUCAUAUAUUGAUAUUAAUCUAAUGAAUAUUUCAAUAUGGAUUCAAAUCAUAUACAUAAUGAUAUUUUCUUUCCUGGGAUAUUAUGGACAAUUUUAAUUUUGAAUAAAGAAUUUUAAACCCAACUCAGGCAGGGAAGUACGGCGCAUCCUAUUUAUCAUUGUGGACAGUUUUCAGGUGGUUCUGUGAAUAAACAUGUUUAAUAUUCUACAACACGACUGUCCCCGAUGCAGACCUGACGCGAAACAAAUUGCAUCAGGCUGCGUUAUACGAUGCUAAGUUGAACUUUAUACAAUCAAAGAGGGAGAUUAAACUACAAUAGAUGUUUUAUCUUUUAAAAUCCCAACAUAUAUUUAUUAUCAAUGGUAUUAUCAUUAAUAACAAAUAUAGUAUUUCCUUUUUUAACCUGUAAUAAUUAAGUUCAGUAAAGUUAAAUUUGUAUAUUUUUGACAUGUUUUUUUAGUUUUUAAACAUUUAAUCAUUCUAACAACUACAAUACAGUAAAUGGAAAUGAAUAUACAUUUUGUAAAUACCAAAUGCAAUUGUUUUGUUAUGUAUUUGCGUGCUGUAUAUUUUUUUUCAUUUGAUUCUAGUAAAAAAUUUUAAAUAAUUUUUUAGAAACAAUACUAAUCACUGAUAUACUGUCUGUAUUAACAUAUAUAACCCUUAGAAAUUAAAACUUGGCAUAUAAAAGGUGAACCUCUGAGAGACAAAUAAUAAUCCAAUUUGUACUGAUUUAAAGAUUUCAAGAAGAAUUUUAUUGUUCAAAUUUAUCAUUAAAAGUGAUUCCAAGAUGGAUUUU